AGCUGCUACCAUCGCUGCUUAUAGCGGGGAGUGGAGGGCCGUGACGUCGGCGGCGCGAGAGCGCGCUCCCUUUUCCUUCUUCUUCUUCCUCCUCCUCGUUCCUGUGCCUGGUGCCGCGCACCGUGAGCGCGCCCGCCCUGUGAAGGCAAAGAGAGACUAUAACGGCCGAGGCUGCCCCCGCCGGCACCCAUGGGAGGGUGUGUGGGCACUCACCACGACUCCUCGGGCAGCCUGAACGAGAACUCGGACGGGACCGGAGUGGCCUUAGGACGUAAUCAACCCUUGAAGAAAGACAAGCCUAAAUGGAAAAGUGACUACCCUAUGACUGAUGGACAGUUGCGUAGCAAACGGGAUGAAUUCUGGGAUACUGCACCGGCAUUUGAAGGGCGUAAAGAGAUUUGGGAUGCUUUGAAGGCUGCAGCACAUGCUUUUGAGAGCAAUGACCAUGAACUGGCCCAAGCAAUCAUUGAUGGUGCAAGUAUAACAUUACCACAUGGUGCCCUUACUGAGUGCUAUGAUGAACUGGGAAACCGCUACCAGCUACCUGUUUACUGCCUUGCCCCUCCCAUUAAUAUGAUUGAGGAGAAGAGCGAUACAGAAACUUUGGACAUACCUGAGCCACCUCCAAACUCUGGCCAUGAAUGCCAGCUGCGACUUCGCCUCUCCACAGGAAAGGACCUUAGGCUUUUGGUGCGCAGCACGGACACUGUAUAUCACAUGAAGCGGCGCCUCCACACUAUCGAAGGGGUUGAACCUGCCAGUCAGCGAUGGUUCUUUUCUGGGCGGCCACUGACAGACAAAAUGAGACUGGAGGAGUUGAAGAUUCCCAAGGACUAUGUAGUACAAGUUAUAGUGAGCCAGCCGGUUCAGCAUCCUACACCGGUAGAGAAUUGACCAUCUCAGACAUGCACACCGUCCUCUUUUACUCAAGUCACUCCUUGCUAUGUUUGUACGCAGCCUGUAACUUUUUUUUUCUUUCUUCUUUUUUUUUUUUUUUUUUUUCUUCUUUUUUUUUUUUUUUUUUAUCUUCCACUAGAUAUUGAGUCCUGAGCUGUCAGAGCAAUGAAUGACAUUGCAGGCCUCUUUGGCAGCGCAGGACUUUGUAGCGGGUUCAGUGGACAUGUGACUGAAGAAGGAAGAGCCGGGCCUUCCUCUGAAGUCAUGGGGGGAAUCAAGUUGUAUUUCUUAAUACUGAAAGACUUUUUAUAACAUCAGGAAAACUAUCUUUUUUUAUCUGUUCUAUAAAGAUUUGGACUGUAAGUGGAGUAUUUAGCAUUGCACUUUUAAAAAAAGAAACAAAACAAUGAAAAUUUGAAACAA